AGUCAUUCAUCACCGUGGAUAAUGCUUGUCGCUCUGUCCGCGACUUGUCUUGUGAUUCGGGUGGGUAAUGGCGAUGGCGCUUCCCCUUCUUCGAAUCCUUCCAUCUUGCCUCUAUCAUUCUUCCGUUUCUUUCCUCUUUCUUCCCUCUUCUCCCUUUUCUACUCGUACUCCAAGCGGACUCACACUCCCUCUCCACCAUCGAUGGGUCUCUGCCUUAACCGCCCUAAGCGGCGGCACUGCAGCAGCAGCUAUGGAGAAAACGGCGGAGACCUCGGAGGCGUCUCGAACGAGGCUGAUAGCGCAAAACAUUCCCUGGGCCUCCACGGCCGACGACAUCAAGGCUCUCUUCGCGAAGCAUGGUACCGUCCUUGAUAUCGAGCUGUCAAUGUAUAAUGGCAGUAGAAAUAGAGGAUUGGCAUUUGUAACAAUGGCCUCAGAGAACGAAGCUGUUGCAGCACUUAAUCAUCUGAAUUCAUAUGAUUUGGAUGGUCGUGUGAUCAAAGUGGAGUUUGCCAGAUCAGUGAAGAAGACUCCAGUUACAGAAGCAGAACCUGUGCCCAAAUAUAAUGUAUUUGUUGGGAACUUGUCUCGGAGGGUGAGAUCACAGGAUCUCCGAGAAUUUUUCAGUGGCAGCGAGAAUGUCUUAUCUGCCAAACUUAUCUACCACACUAAUCCAAGAAGACCAGCAGGCUAUGGGUUCAUCUCCUUUUCAUCGAAGGAAGAUGCUGAGGCUGCAAUUGCUACAUACAAUGGGAAGAAAUUGAUGGGCAGACCCAUCCGUUUGAUAUUGGGUAAAGUUCAAGCAGAUGAUACCAAGGACAAAUUGAACGGAAAUGAGCAAAUGAGCAAUCAGAUGAUGCAUCAAAUGAGUCCAGUUCUACCAAAGAGCAUAGGGGAGGAAUAAAAUAACAAAAACAGGUAUUCAAUCCAGGAUAACAUUACAUGCACAAAAUACAAUAGUGUAUAUUAUUUCAUUCGUCGAUAUGCUUACUUUGUAAUUGUGUAUUUUGUCAUUUCCCUAUGAAAUGAAAUGUCUUGGCCACUGCCUUGGGAUAUAUAUA